AUGACUGGAGUAUUUCCCUAUUGGUUUCUGGAGCAACAUCCAAAACUUGAGGUUUUGCUUUUGCAGAACAACUCUUUCACCAUCAUUCAGCUGCCAAGAGUUGUUCACAGUUUGAAAGUUUUGGAUGUAUCAACCCAUGAAUUUGAUGGACAGCUUCCUGAGAAUAUUGGAAAUAUUCUCCCAAACCUAAGCCACUUGAAUCUCUCGGAUAACGUCAUUCAGGGGAAUCUUCCUGCCUCGUUAGGGGAGAUGAGAAGACUCAAGUUCUUGGACAUAUCUCGUAAUAACUUAUCUGGUAGUCUACCAAGAGAAUUUCUUAUGGGUUGUCACUCAUUGCUUAUUCUAAAAAUUUCACACAACAAAUUUACUGGUCAGGUUUUUUCAGAAGAAGCAAAUUUGACUUCGUUGGGAUUUCUUAUGGCUGAUAACAAUUAUUUCUCUGGGAUCUCAGUUGGAUUGCUUCAAUCAGUUACAUUAAGAGUGCUCGAUUUAUCGAAUAACUAUCUACGUGGUGUCCUUCCAAGUUGGUUGGGUGGAUUUAAUUUCACGUAUCUUCUGGUUUCUAAUAAUCUUUUGGAAGGUGAAAUACCAAAAAAUCUCUUUAACAUCUCAAGCAUUACACUUAUGGAUCUGUCUAGGAACAAGCUUUCAGGGAAUUUGCCACCGUAUUUCAAAUGUGAUUUUACGGCUAUGCUGUUCCUUAAUGACAAUGAGUUCAGUGGAUCUAUUCCUAAUACGUUAUUAGAAAAUCUCAGGGCACUCGAUCUGCGAAAUAAUAAUUUAUCUGGGACCAUUCCACGGUUCGUCAACAUGAGCUUCAUCCAAUAUCUUUUAUUGAGGGCUAACAAAUUAACCGGUCAUAUUCCUAAGGAUCUAUGCGGGCUAAGUAGCAUCAAGAUUUUGGAUUUAGCCAACAACAGAUUGAAUGGGCCUAUACCUUCAUGUUUUAACAAUAUACCAUUUGGAAAGAGUGUAGAAAAUAUCAGGGAUGAGUAUAUAUUAGGAUAUGACCUUCAAUGGGACAAUGAAUUGGGAUCUUACUACGGGUCAUGUGUUCUACCACCAGAGUUUGAUCCUCACUACAUUAGCGAUUUGAAGUUCAUAGUUGAAUUUGCCUCAAAGAGUAGGUACGAUUCUUACACCGAAAGAAGUUCCGAAUACAUGUCGGGUUUGGAUUUGUCAAGCAAUGAACUCAGUGGUAAUAUACCAAGAGAGCUGGGAGAUCUUCAGAGAAUGCGUGCUUUGAAUCUGUCUCACAAUUCUUUGUCAGGUCUAAUACCCGGAAGCUUCUCUAAUCUAACAGAUAUAGAGAGCAUUGAUCUUUCAUUUAACAUGUUGCACGGAUCGAUACCUCGGGGUCUAACCAAGUUAGAUUAUAUGGUUGUAUUCAAUGUCUCGUACAACAACUUGUCAGGCUCCAUUCCAAGUGAAGGCAAGUUUCUUACAUUGGAUAAAACCAACUUCAUUGCAAAUCCUCUUCUUUGUGGUUCGGCCCUAAACAAAAGUUGUGAUGAUGAUGAUAACAUUAUCGAUUUUGAGGAAUCCGAUUUUCCAAGCGAAGAUGGCAAGACACCAAUCGAUAUGGAUAUUUUCUACUGGAGCCUAGCAGCCACCUGUGGUGCAACAUGGAUUGCAUUUAUUGUUUUCCUGAGCUUUGAUUCACCUUGCCGCCGAGCAUGGUUUCGUAUGGUUGAUGCUUUUAUCAGUUUUUACAAAUGUGUUUGA